UGCAAUCUGUGCUUGUCCCACAGAAAGUAGACUCGCUGGUACUGUUACUGUGAACCAUCACGGAAUAUUUUCUCUUGGGCUGGACGUUGAAGGAGCAGAAGCAACCACUGUCUGGAAGGACGUUUCUGCCGCAGCAUCCUGAUACACUUUAACCGAGGAUAUUUAUUUGGAGUUUAUCAUCAACAACAACAACAACAACAACAACAACAGAACAAGAAGAUGACACAUUUUAACAAGGGGCCAGCCUACGGAUUGUCUGCUGAAGUGAGAAGCAAAAUUGCUCAGAAAUAUGACCCACUAAAGGAAGAAGAGCUACGCUUUUGGAUUGAGGAGGUAACAGGAAUGUCUAUUGGAGAGACCUUUCAGAAAGGCUUAAAGGAUGGAGUCAUCCUCUGCGAACUGAUUAAUAAGCUGCAACCUGGUUCUGUGAGGAAAAUCAACCUUUCUCAGCUUAACUGGCACAAGCUGGAAAACCUUGGGAAUUUCAUCAAAGCUAUUCUGAACUAUGGCCUAAAGCCCAAUGACAUCUUUGAGGCCAAUGACCUGUUUGAAAAUGGGAACAUGACUCAGGUCCAGACCACAUUGCUUGCACUGGCCAGUAUGGCAAAGACAAAGGGUAUGGACACAAAGAUCGAUAUUGGGGUGAAAUACGCAGACAAACAAGCUCGGCAUUUUGACACUGAGAAGAUCAAGGCUGGACAGUGUGUCAUUGGACUGCAGAUGGGAACAAACAAGUGUGCGAGUCAGGCUGGAAUGACGGCUUAUGGAACCCGAAGACAUCUAUAUGAUCCAAAGACUCAGACUGACAAACCGUACGACCAGACCACCAUCAGCCUGCAGAUGGGAACUAACAAAGGAGCCAGUCAGGCGGGCAUGUCAGCCCCUGGUACCCGCAGGGACAUCUUUGACCAAAAGGUGGCCCAGCAGCCUCUGGACAAUUCCACCAUCUCCCUCCAAAUGGGUACGAACAAGGUGGCAUCUCAGACAGGCAUGAGCGUGUACGGCCUGGGUCGUCAGGUCUAUGACCCCAAGUAUUGUGCCCCCCCAACAGAGCCAGUCAUCCACACAAAUGGCAGCCAGGGCACUGGCACCAAUGGGUCAGAGAUCAGCGAUAGUGACUAUCAAGCUGAAUUCCAGGAGGAUGAGUUCCACAGAGGUUUCCAUGAUGACUACAGCUCCAAUUACAAUGACCAGGGCAUUGACUAUUAGUAAAAACCACUCAGAACAAAGUGUAUAUCAUCAAAUACAGAAAUGAGCAAGAGUUUUGCUAUCCUUAGUAGUCUUGCAGCAUAAAAUGUUACCAUGAGUGCUUUCUUUUUCCACUUUUACUCUUUGAUCUGAACAAGAAAGGUAUCAAGAAGUUGUAGUAACAUAGAAUGUUGAGAUACAGGCUUUCAGCAAAAGUGCCUUUAAGCUCAAUAGUAUUCUUUUAAUAUUCAUUUUAGUACCCUUUUUUUAUGUCUUAAAAAUUGAACAUGAAAUAAGUGAUGACUUUCCGCUUGAUGGCAUAGCAUCAGGUGUAAUUGCAGUAUUCCAGUGUGUAUUCCUGGAGCAAAACUCUGCUAGUGUUCAAUGUGAAAGGAAUUCCAAUGUGUAGUCCUCAGGCAUAGGCUUAUGUUAAAUUUGCCUAUCCCCUGUCUUUGUUGUUCCCAUAUACAUACCCCAACUCCCAGCUGGUGAUGCUGGUUUACCUAUUUUUUACAGUUGUUCUCUAGAUGGCUUUUUUUUUUCUAAUAAUGAUGUAGAGGACCAAUCCUCAAUGAACUGUAUUUGACAGCUUUCCUUGUUCCAUCACUUGACGUAAAUGUUCACAUUUUUUCCCCCUCAUAUUCCAAAACUGUAUUUAUUACAAUGACACUCAUUGUAAAACAGUUCACUGUUAUAUGGUUUGUAUAGAAAAUGGAAUGUUAUAAAUAAAGCCUUUAAUUCUUCAAUUUUGGAA